CUUUAUACGUGUAUUUCAUUAGAAGUAAUUUUUUCCAUCACAGAUUUUUAAAAUUCACUUAUCAAUAGACAGAUGUCGGUGUACGUUUACCAGCUAGGAAAGGACUAAGCGCAGAAAGUGGGCGCUCUUUCCACUAGCUUCUGUGUCCACCGGUUCGGACGCUGUUUCAAGAACUUGCGACUACCUGCAAGUGAAGUUGAAAACUCGGCCUCAGCAGUUCCACCGUUCUCAGCUCUAGAUUUUAUACAGGGUCUGUUAUUAUGUCUGUGCCAAGUGAAAGUGAAAGUUUGAAUACUGCGGGAACUGACGGUGCAUUAGGUACUGGGCCCACGCUCCCAGCCGUUCAACUUGCAAUUGUUCCUUUGCCUGAUAAUAAUAUGGCACAUGAUCUAGAAUUAAAAUGUGUAAUUUGUGGAUCAGGGCCAGAGGUCAAGCAUGAGGAUCUUUCAGCUUAUCCUGCACUAAGACAUGAGAUCAUAGAACUUAAAAAAUCAGCACAGGGUCAGCAAUCAAAAUCCAGUAGAUGUUGUGAUACAUGCCUGAAUUUGCUGAAAAAGCUGGUCAAGGUUAAGAAGGAGUACAUUGACUUGAAAAAUAAAAUAAUCAAAAUUCUUAACAGAACACAAUCAGAAUUUUGGCAAAAAUAUGAUCUGACAGAACCAGACCAUCACAAAGAGGCUGAUACUGAAUCGGACAAAGAUGAAGAAAAUGACAGACUAUCCAAGCAACCUGGCAACGGUGAAAUGUUGAUUAAACUUGAACAUGUUGACAUUGGGUAUGUUGAAAGUAAUUCCUCCGCUGAAAAAGGAAUAUUUCAAACUGUGGAAGGCAGGACUAAACAGAAUUCCAUCAAACACAAACAAGAUGAUAAAAGGUGCAAAAGAAGGAGUGUUUAUUCAGGUCGUUUUUAUAAAAGUCAAAUUGGGAGUAAUCAGUUCAAAUGCCGACAUUGUACUAAAAGCUAUUCCAGAAAAACAUUAUGCAUCAGACAUGAACAGACACAUACAGAUAAACCAUUCUCAUGUAAAUUCUGUGAUAAAGCUUUUGCAAAGAGACUAAAUUGGGAAGAGCAUGAAAAAACACAUUCUGGACUUAGACCCUAUCCAUGUCAACAUUGCAAUAAAACAUUCGCAAAAAAGAACCAAGCCGUUUCACAUGAGAGGAUUCACACAGGCCAAAAAACCUUCAGAUGUCAGCAUUGCGACAAAAGUUUCACCAGAAAGUCUGACUGUGUGAGACAUGAAAAGAUUCAUACUAUAAAAUUGUAUAAAUGUCCUCUUUGUAGUGAAGCUUUUCAUAGCAAAAAGGACUUUAAGAGGCACGAAAAAUGCCAUCAUGGUAAAGCAGUGCAUAAAUGCCAGUACUGUGGCAAAGAAUGCGACAGCAAAUCGCGGUGUGUAGAACAUGAAAGAACCCACACUGGAGAGCGACCUUUUCAAUGUAAAUAUUGUGAUAAAACAUUUACGCAAAGGUCAACUUGUUUAUUACAUGAAAGGACUCAACACACUGGGGUAAAACCCUUCCCGUGCCACUACUGCGAUCAGCAGUUCCCUACUCGAUUGUACCGUGAUGUUCAUGAACGGUUUCACACUGGAGAAAGACCAUUCAAAUGUUGUCACUGUGGCAAAACAUUUGUAAGGAAGGAAAAUUGUACGAAUCAUGAACGAAGAAUCCACAGUGGGAUUAAACGAUUCAUAUGCUUGUAUUGUGGCAAGAAAUUUUCAGAUAAAAGGGAUUGUGUUAUGCAUGAAAGGGUUCAUACUGAGGAAAGACCCUUUAAAUGUCAAUACUGUGAAAAAUAUUAUACACAGAAAAAGCACUGUCUUGCACAUGAAAAGACUCACACUGGAGAGAAGUUGAAUUUUGAAACAUGUAAUGAGGCAAGUGCAAAUAUAUCAGGGUGAUAGAAAAUAAGAAUGAUAUCUCGGCAGAACAGAAACAUUUAGCAAUUUUCAACCAUGGAGCGCCUUGUAAUUCAUGAAUGCCUUAAACACUGGAGAAAGACCAUUUUAAUGUCAUCACUAUAGCAAAAAAUACAUGAUGAUGCAGAAUUGUAGCAGACUGAUGACAGUACGUGUUAUUAAAUUCUAAAAAAAUGCUAGUAUUUUGGUCAUAUCUAACUCCUUAGUUGGAAUGCAAAAAAUAAAAAUAAAAAUGAAAUGAUUCACACUGGAGAAAUUAUUAUACCACUCAGGGAUAAAUGAACAGAGACUAUCUGAACUACAUGAAAAGACUUGCACUAAAAAGAAAUUUGAAAGUCCUGAUGAAAACUGAAAAAGCUGAAGGUGUGGUCCACCCCAUUCAAUGCAUACACUACUGGAACAGUUUGUACGUCACAGUUAUUUUUCUUACGCAUUUUUGUUAUGGCAUGUUGCUUGUUUUUCUUCAACUUUCAUUUAUGUUAAAAUUAUGGUUCAAAAUAUUUCGUUGGAUGUGAAAGUUCAGUAUGAUGCUAUGUAGAUGAUAUUAUUCUGUAAAUAAAACUAAAUGUGUUAUUUUCUAUAUAGGAAGCUUUAGUGAAAAUUGUUCAUGAUAAGAUUAUUAAUUGUGUUUGCAUACAAUAAUUACUUGCCCAUUAUAAGCAGAAUAGUUCUGUGAUGGCAAAGCUGGAUGCAAGUUUAGAUUGGUUUGUCAAACCAGAGUUUCAGAGGACACCUUCCCACUUCCAGCACCA